CGGCGCAAAUUUCUUUUUGAAUCUCAUUUGAAUAAAUAAAUUGAAUUUUUCAAUGUUGAUGCUUCUCAUUUUGACAUUGUGUCGAUUGUGUUGAGGUGAAAUUCGAUUGUCGUCAUCAUAUAAUUCGGUGAAAGAAAAACGGAAUACAUUUGAAUUAGAACAGCAUCAGAUGAUGGUGGUAAUGCAGUUUUGGUGAAUGCUAAAUGUCAUUGGUGCGACAGUCAACGAAUUUGUUGAUAAAUGAAAUUAUUGUGAAAUUCCCUCCAUUUCAAGCAAAACUCACAGUUGGAAUCCAAGUUUUGGCGAAAUAGUUUGUGAUGUGCGAUACCAAAUAAAAAAAACAUCACAUAAACAAUGGGAAAACGAAAAUCAACUGUAUCACCGAGCCACGAUGCUCCUAAACGGAAUCGUACGCAACAAAAUAACAAUGAUUCAAUCGAAGAAGAGGCAGAAGCAAGCGGUUCGGACUUUAAUGUUUCGGCGGAUAGAUUUGAUCUUAGUACACGUAGCGGCAAAAUAUUGUCAGUUAAACUGCGUAAUUUCAUGUGCCAUUCAAAUCUAACAGUUGACUUUAACCUACGCACAAAUUUGCUGAUUGGCCAAAAUGGCAGUGGUAAAAGUGCAAUUCUAACAGCACUUAUCAUUGGUUUGGGUAGCAAAGCAAAUGCCACUAAUCGUAGUAGCAGUAUCAAAGAAUUGAUCAAAACGGGUGAAACAUCGGCCACAAUUGAAGUGCAUAUUUCAAACGAUGGUUCCGAUGGAUAUGAAAUUGAAAAAUAUGGCAAUCGAAUUGUAGUGGUUCGUCAAAUAGGCGCAUCGGGUUCGUCCACAUACAAAUUGAAAAGUGCAUCGGGCGCUGUGAUUUCAACUAGCCGUGCUGAACUCUUGAAAUUGAUUUUAUACAUGAAUAUUCAAGUUGACAAUCCAGUAUGUGUUAUGACACAAGAUGCAUCACGAGGUUUUUUGCGAGACUCCAAUCCGAAGAAAAGAUAUGAAUUGUUUUUGAAAGCAACGCAAUUGGAUGUUACCAUUGAAAAAUUGAAUGGCUGCUUGCAACAAUUACAAACAGCCAAAGGAAAAUACAAAUUACUGCUAAAGACACAUGAAAAUUAUGAGGAUAUACAAAAGAAAGCACACACAAAGCUCGAACAAUUCAAAUCGAUGGAACCGUUGAAAAAAGAGACCCAUCGUUAUAAAUGCGAACGAGCAUGGUUGACUGUGGUGCAGCAAGAAGAAUUCAUAAAAGCCGUGAAUGCUGAACUUGAGGGUACGCAACGCAAAAUUGAAGAAAAUGAACAAAAACUUGCCACUUUCAAUGAUCAAGAGAUCAACGAACAAAAUGCACAAUUGACCGAAGAAAUUGAGCAAUUGCGUCAGAAAAUCGCCGACGAACAGAAGAAAUUAGAAGUCGAAAAGACAAAAUAUAAACAAAAAAUCGAACAGAUCAACAACAACGAUCGCAAUGUCAAAAAACUCGAAGCACAAACGGCCAAAGUUCAAGAAACUAUUGCCACUUUAGAGGAAAACAUUCAAGCCGAACUAAAUUCGAAUAAAAAUCAAGUUGACGAAUUGAAAAAAGAGAACGACGCCAAAUUGGAUGCCAUUAAGGAAAAAAAGGAAAACUAUGAAACGGUCUUAAAAAGUCAUCGUCGCGAUUUGGAAAUCUUCACAACUACCCGCACAAAAUGUCAAACAAAGUUGGAGGCAAAGAGACGUGAAAUUAACAAAUUUAUGGAUGAAAAAAAAAAUGUUGAAAUGCGAUUGCGGCACAUGAAUGCCACGCCAAAGGAAAAUCUUAAAGUAUUUGGUGACAAUAUGGUUAAAUUGGUUGAUAUGCUGGAACAGUACAACAAACAAGGAAAAUUCCAAAAAACGCCAAUUGGGCCGCUUGCCAAUCACAUUGAGGUCAAAGAUGCUAAAUACCGUCAAUUUGUUGAAGACGUAUUGGGCAAUACACUAUUGGCAUUUUGUGUUGAUAAUGCAAAUGAUUUGACAACAUUUCGUGAAGUUCUGAAAAAAGUCAACACCAACAAUCAGCAACAAUUCAAUGUGCCAGUUAUUUGUUCCACAUUCUUCAAUAAACAGUAUGACGUUACUGGAAAAUGUGUAAAACGUGACCCAAAUACGUGUCGCCUAAUGGAUAUGAUUGUGGCUGACAAUCCAGUGGUGAUGAACUGUUUGAUCGAUCAGUGCACUAUCGAAGGCAUUUUGUUCACAAACUCCUUUGAGCAUGCCGCACAUAUUACGUCGAAAAAAGAAAAUGUCCCCGAAAACAUGUUGAAAGUCAUAUUGACCAAACCAUACAGCGAAUAUUAUCCGGCACCGCAAUAUCGUUCCUAUGUGAAAACACCGCGACCAACACGUUUUUUGCGUGUCAACGCAGCUGAUCGAGAACGGGAAUAUCGCAAUGAUUUAUUGCAAAUCAACGAGAAAAUAAAUGCUGCCAAAGAAGAGGCGGAACAAUAUCAAACCCAAUUGAACGAAAACGCAAGACUUGCCAAAGAUCGUCGCGAUCUCAUUACGGAAAAUGAAUCCAAUCUUCAGAUGUUGAAUUUGGAAAUAUCCGAAAUUCAAUCAAUUGAGUACCCAGAAGAAGCUGACGUUCAAGUCAUGCAAAACGAAGUGAACGAACAAUCCAAGCGGUUGGCCAAAUUAAAUGCUGAAUAUGAAAAGGAACAAGGCAAAGUUGAUGAACUGAAUGUGGAGGUUCGUGAAAUUAAGGAGAAAUUAGUUGACAUCAAAAAGCAAAUGCAAUUGAUGGACAACGAAAUUCAAUCCAAGCAAAAAUCCAAAGAUGAUUUAAACGAAAAUUUUACGAAACGUGUAUCAAUGGUUGCAUAUCAUAAGAAGCAAAUAAAACAUCUCACCGAAGCAAAGGUCAAAUACGAGAAAGAGAUGGAAAAGUUAAAUGAAAAGCUACAGAAACUGGAGGCAACCGCCCAAAAAACUGGCAAUCGAGUUGAAGUGAGACACAGCGAAGAAGCAUUGGCCAAAAAGAUUAAAAACAAUGAAAAUAAACUCAAUUCGGUGAAUACAUCGAAUGAAACAUUGGAAGAGGUGACACGCCAAGCGGAAGAAGCCGAUGAAAAUGUUUCGCGAAGUGAAGAUUUGAUUAAAAUACUUGGUUCAUCACUGCAAAUGAUGGGUACCUCGAUUAAAAUGCGUUUGAGCAAUGUGUCAAAGUUGAAAAAAUUUAUGAUAACACGUGCGGGUCUCUACUUUACGGCCAUCAUGAAAUUACGAGGGAUUGAUGGAUCUUUGAAAUUCAAUGACGAGCAGAGCACUUUGGACAUUGUGGCUGUACCAAGAGACAAAGAUUGUGAAAAUGCGGCAUCAAAAACUUCGAAUCUUUCCGGCGGUGAACGGUCAUACACAACGGUUGCAUUUCUUUUGUCGCUAUGGUCAUGCGUCGAUCAUCCAUUCUACUUCCUGGAUGAGUAUGAUGUCUUUACGGAUCAAGUAAAUCGCAUGUUCAUGACAAAAUUACUAUUGAACGAAGCUCAAAAGAAGCCACUUCAAUACACAUUCCUAACACCACAAGAUACUUCAGAGAUUAAUCCAACCGACGCACUGUCCAUUUUGCGCUUGGAGAAUCCAAACCGAUAAAUCAGCGAUCGCCGAAUAUAAAGGGUUCUUUGAAAAGCCCAAGUGUGUUCACAAAUA